CGCCACGUAUUAGAUGUUACAAUGCGUUACCUAUCAGCUUGCGCCGUUCCAUUACGCCUCUUCACUCCCUCCGGUUCCAACUUCGCUUUCUCAAAUACUAGCUUUAGGGUUACGCAUUCUAUAUUAACUCGGCCGAGUCAACUCAUAUCAAUCUCAAUGAGUCAACCCGCCGCUGAUCUCAAUGUUGUUGCCACAACCAAAGAUGGACUGCAGCAGCCGGAAAAUACAGAUGUUGUGGUGCAGUACGUGGUGCUCCGGCGGGACCUGAUUGACACUUGGCCACUUGGGAGUGUGGUCACUCAAGGUUGCCAUGCUUCUGUUUCGGCCGUCUGGUCCAACAAAGAUGAUCCUGACACAGUUGAUUAUUGCAGCCCUGACAAAAUUGAUUCUAUGCACAAAGUUACACUCGAAGUAAAGGGAGAAACCCAGAUAAAAAACUUGUCUGAGAAGCUUACAUCUGGUGGGAUCAUUCACAAACUGUGGAUUGAACAACCUGAAAACAUACCUACAUGCCUUGCCACAAAACCAUACCCCAAGUCAAUCGUAUCUCCUUAUUUUAAGAAGUUGAAACUCUGUAAGUGAUUUCUUGUUUGAUGGUUCUUCUAUUUUCCCUGUUGCUAUAAUUUGGUAGAAAAUGUACUGAACUAUGAUUGAUAAUCAGGGAAAUUAUUAUUCUGUCUUCUCCC